AUGGUUGCUAGGCUGGGCAAUAUCUCUGCUCUCAAAGAUUUCAUCUCGUUCCUCGCCACCGUUCGCGGGGACAUAUCUCAUAUCACAGCCCCGCCUUUUAUCCUGGCGCCGCAAUCUUUGACUCAGUUUCCGGCAUACUGGGCCGAAAGGCCCUCCUUGUUCACAGCGGCUGCUCGUGAAUCAGACCCUGCACAGCGAAUGCUCUCGGUGCUGAAACUUUAUCUUGCAAGUCUUCAACGGCAAUACUACGUCGGCCGGACUGUUAAGGAAGGGCUGAAGAAGCCGCUCAACCCCUUUCUCGGGGAGCUAUUCCUCGCCGAGUUCAGUGAUCACGACCUCAGCGACGAGAAGGUUUCCGGCUCCACUGUCAGAGUCAUCGCUGAGCAAGUCUCCCAUCACCCGCCGACCACAGCAUGCUUCCUGUCGGCCGAUGAAGACGGCGUCCGCGCCGAGGCAUAUUCGACCCAGGUCACGACCUUGUCUGGUGCAUCAGUCCUGAUCCGCCAGUCUGGGCACGCAGUUUUCACCGUCGACAAAUACGACGAGACAUACCUCUUACCGCUACCAGAUGUGACAGCACGAAGUAUCCUAUCAGGCGUACCGUGGCCAGAGCUGAACGAUACUUACAAGAUCGUCAGUUCCAGUGGCUACACGGCAGAGAUGCGGUUUGUGGCCAAGGGCUUUUGGGGAGGCGAUAGGAACUGUUUCGAGGCUUCGAUAUACCGCACCGAUAGCGCAGCAGAAGACGACGACAGUGCGCCGAUCUUCACAUUAUGCGGCAGCUGGAGUUCGAAAUUCACAAUUCGGGAUUCCACAGCCAAGGAGAUUGAGGUGUUCGAUCUCUCAGACCCGGAAAAUGCACCGGCGCCCAUGUCGGUCAGACCCGUGAGUGAGCAGCAUCCGUGGGAGUCUCAACGGGCGUGGGCCGCGACCUUUGAAGCCAUCAGGAAAGCCGACCACGGCGAUGUGGUCAAGCAGAAGUCCAAGUUGGAGAAUGCUCAGCGGGAAAUGCGGAAAAAGGAGAAGGCCGAGGGUCGAACUUGGGAAACCAUGUUCUUCACGCGACGGGUCAGUUGCGAAGAGGGAAACGACGACGACGACGACGACGACGACGUCGUCGUGGAGAAGCUUAUGGACCAGCUCGACCCCUCGGAAGCACAUCGGCUGCGGGGCACGAACGGCUGUUGGAGGUUUUCACCCGAGAAAGAACAGAGGUGGAAGUCGGGCAACGGUAGCCCCAGGGCUGCCUCACCUUUUGGCUGA